AUGCUGCUCCUGCUGCUGCUCGCGCUCCCCCUGGGAGGAAGGGGGAGCAGCCUGGUCCCUGAGGCCCGCAUUGUGGGGGGCGUGGAGGCGUCCCCUCGGCAGUGGCCAUGGCAGGCCAGCCUGCGGGAGCACGGCCAGCACGUGUGUGGUGGCAGCCUCAUCAGCAGUCAGUGGGUGCUGACCGCCGCCCACUGCAUCCCCAGCUCCGUGCGCCAGGGGCAGCUCACGGUCCAGCUGGGAGAGUCGGCCCUGUACACCAGGCCCCCGGGCUCCGUGAGUGUGGGCGUGGCAGGCGUGCUCCGGCACCCCGCCUAUAGCGGGGAUGCCCUGCAGGGCGCGGACGUGGCGCUCCUGAGGCUGGCGCAUCCCGUGCGCUUCUCCCGCACCAUCAGGCCCGUGCAGCUGGCCCAGCCCAGCCUCCGCAUCCCCCCGGGCACCCUCUGCUGGGUGACCGGCUGGGGCGACGUCAGCCAGGACGAGGCCCUGCCCCAGCCCCUCCUGCUGCAGGAGGUGGACGUGCUGACCGUGAGCCCGCGGGUGUGCCGCCAGCAGUAUGCGCCGGAGCGCAUUGCUCAGGACAUGCUGUGUGCCGGCGCCCCCCGGGGCCGCAAAGGCUUCUGCGAGGGCGACUCCGGGGGCCCGCUGGUGUGCCAGUUUGAGAGCGGCUCGUGGGUGCAGGCAGCCGUGGUCAGCUUCAGCAAGGGCUGCGCGGAGCCGGGCGCCCCGGGGGUGUAUGCCAGCGUGUCCAUCCACCAGCCCUGGAUCCAGCGCCAAGGCACCGCCUUGCUGAAGCGCUUCCAGCCCGUUCCCCACGGAGCCUGA